AGAUCAUCCGAUGAUGAUAAAAAAUUUUUCCUAAUUUUCAAUUUUGAAUCGCUAAUGACCUGAAAAUUACCAAUUAUUUAAUAUUAUUAAAAGAUAGACACAAAAUAAUGCUUUAUUGCCAUUGAAACAACAAUAAUUCAAUUCGGAUUUGUAGAAUAAAAUUUUGAAAGUAUGACUGGUUCAAUUGUUCCUUCAAAAGAUGUCGGCGAAGAAAGUACCUCAAAAUCGUUUCUAAUAUUAAUAGGAUUGUUUUCGUGUGCCCUUUUCGUAUUUGUUUGCAUUUAUGUAAAUUUCCCACAACUCGAAGAACACGAACGAGUUCAUAUCAAGCUGCCUCUAAAUUUAGAAGAAGCCAAAAACCUAGGAAAAGUAUUAGAUCGAUAUAAAGAGAAAUUUUACGUCGAAGUAUUAUCGACAUUUUUGUUCACAUAUAUCUUUUUACAAACGUUUGCGAUACCAGGUUCCAUAUCGCUGUCAAUUUUAUCCGGAUUCUUGUACCCAUAUCCAUUGGCACUAGCUUUAGUAUGUUUUUGCUCAGCUACCGGAGCAUCUCUGUGUUACCUGUUAUCGUUCAACGUUGCUAGGAAAUUAAUCUAUAAAUAUUUUCCAAAUCAAAUUUCCUCGUAUGCGAGUAAGGUGAAAGCGCAUCAAGAUAAUUUAUUAUAUUACAUGAUAUUUCUAAGGGUAACGCCAUUUUUUCCAAAUUGGCUAAUCAACAUAGCAGCACCAGUAGUCGAAGUACCAUUUCUACAUUUCUGGCUGGGAACUUUCAUCGGCGUCGGUCCUCCGUCUUUUAUCGCGAUCCAAACUGGAAAAACACUACAUGAGAUAACCUCCGAAAAAGGCACAUGGUCGUGGAAUUCCAUCAUUCUAUUGGCAGUUUUCGCGGUACUUUCUCUUCUGCCUGUUUACUUCAAGGAAAAACUAGCUGAUAAAGAACAGACUAAAGAAGAAUAAAAGUUGUAAUAAUUUAUUAUGACCAAUAUUGAAUUAGAGACUUUUACCCUCCUCACUCCUCAGUCAGUUGGUAAUGCGAGCGUGGAACUGAAUUCAGACAUUCCUAAUGAACUGAUUUCAAAAUUACUAAAUGUCGUUUUCCAUAAAUAAUCAUCGUGUUAAAUAGCUAGUUAAUUUAUGUACUGUCACGAAACCGUUUCGCUUCCUCAUCUCGGGUUUUGUUUUUAUUUUGUUACCUAAAAGCCAUUGUAUUAUUACAUCAUUCUUGUGUGCGUGUGUUUUUUUUUACCAUUAUAUAGAAAAAGAGUAGCGAAUACCUAGUUUAAUAAUAAUGGAAGUAUUAUUUUUAAGUUAUUAUUUUGGUUGUGUGAAUCAACAAAGUGUGUUUUUUUCCCUUGAUGCGAUACGGGUUAUCAUUAGAGUCUGAAAAUCGGUCAAUAUGAUAUUACUUAGUUGAAUUGAGAUUAUAGUCACAUCGAGUUUUGCCUCGUAGCGAUACGGAUAAUAAUUAAUAAUUCGAACGUUCGAAUAGUAUUUGUUUGAGAUAUUGUUUUCAGAUAUUAUAUUAGAAGUACCUAUUUUAAGUUCGCGAACCAACAAUAUUAUUAUUUUUAAAAAAGUCGCAACUGUGAUAUUAACAAUUAUCUGUAAUAAAUCGUUGGUAAAUGCUUCA